GGGGGCGGGACGAAAAUGGAGCACGCGACAAAGCGGAAGUGGGCCGUCGCACCGUUGAUUACGUAUUGCCACGGCGGCUGUAGCGGUUCCGCUGGCUGGUGUGUGCGCGGCGAGCGGCUCCAGUGCGGCCCGCUCGGCUCCUACGUCCGAGACCCCCGCCGCGACUCCCGCCGUGGCUGGGCCGCCGUGCGAUCAUGGACUCUGCUGGCCAAGGUAGCUGGGGGCCCGGCGCCUCCGCCCUCCCCAGAUAUCAACCUGAAUUCUCCUAACAAAGGUCUGUUGUCCGACUCCAUGAUGGAUGUCCCUGUUGACACGGCAGUGGCUGCCCAGACUCCGGCUGUCGAGGGUCUGACGGAAGCUGAGGAGGAGGAGUUGAGGGCCGAGCUCAUAAAGGUGGAAGAGGAAAUUGUCACCCUGCGCCAGGUCCUGGCAGCCAAGGAGAGGCGCUGCGGAGAGCUGAGGAGGAAACUGGGCCCCUCUGCUUCGGAGGGCCUGAGGCAGAGCCUGUCCAGGAGCUGGCACGACGUGCAGGUCUCGAGCGCCUAUGUGAAAACGUCUGAGAAACUUGGAGAGUGGAAUGAGAGAAUGACCCAGUCGGACCUCUACAAGAGGACUCAGGAGACUCUCUCUCAGGCGGGACAGAAGACUUCAGCUGCCCUGUCCACCAUGGGCUCUGCCAUCAGCAGGAAGCUUGGGGACAUGAGGGCGCGUCCUUUCUCACAGUCCUUUAGCAGCUACUCCAUCCGCCACUCAAAAAGUAUGCCAGCCAUGAGGAAUUCUGCCACCUUCAAGUCACUUGAAGACCGAGUUGGGACCAUCAAGUCUAAGGUGGUGGGUGGCAAAGAGAAUGACAGUGACAGCUUCCCCUCCCCGACUGGGAGUGGCGACAAGCCCCUGCCCGACCACGUGCCCUUCUAAGCCUGAAGCAGCUUUGCCGGCCACGGAGCAAGUGCGGGCCUGCCCUCAUCGCCACGACAGCCACUGCGCAAGGGAGCAACGGCAGCCGCAGGAGGACAUGGAGCGCUUUGAGGACAGUCAUGCCGUCACAUGUGGACGUGGCCCCUGCACGUGCAUGACUUAAGAGAACAGUCUUGUGUACAGAUGCUUCACACUAAAGUCAUAGAUGCAACAAUCACUAUGCCAUCCUUCCUGGGGCCAGGAAGUGGACGGCAGGGGGCGGACAGCCACGUUCCCUUGGCGGUCAUGUUCAUGAGAAUGCCGAAACACUGGGAAGGGCGGGUGGACAGUGAGUGGUGUUUCUAACUCUUCCUUCCCUGAGCCACGAAGGCAGCGUCUUCCAGAAGCCCCAUCUGCCUGCAGCUUUCGUUUCACAAUGCUAACCGAGAAAACUGUCCAUUUCCUGAGAUCCUCCAAAAAGAAGCUAUCUGCUGCCUCAUUCUCACACUAACGAUCGAGCUUUAGCAAAAGCAAAUCUUUAUUUUUUAAAAGCAGUAGAUUUUUCAAAAUUUAAAAUUAAGCAAAACAGCUUUAGUCUCAUCAUUAUAGGAUUAUUUGUUUGGAUUCAAGCUAAAAUACAAGCCUUAUAUCACCU